AUAUAUAGCAGCUGUUUACCUUAUAUUAGAUAGGAGCGUGAACGAUCAACUGAUACAUCAGAGGUUAAUUUUGCUCUACAAUUUAAAAGAAACUCAUUCUUAUUUCUAUCAUUUAAUUUUCAUUACCUACAGUUUAAAUACUUCGAAAACAACUCAAUAGAUCAUGGGUAAUAUGGACUUUGGCCAUUUGAAAUCUAAUAUCAGAGGAGUCAUAACAACCAAAAUAUCACCUUUUGAACAAAAAGCAUUUAAAGGGCUACUCAGUCAUGGUCUCCCAAAUGCCAUUAGGAGGACAGCUUCAAAUUUGCCCUUUUUAAUUCCUCCCACAAUCAUUGGUUACCUUAUAUAUGACUGGGCUGAGAAUACUCAUCAUCAUAGUUUAAGAAAAAACCCUGCUGAUUAUGAAAAUGAAAAAUAAUUUUGUUAUGGCUUACUAUAAAAAAUAUUACCAUACAAAUGAGCAUAGAUAAUAGUUAACAUGUUUGUCAAACUUCAUUAUUAUACAUAGUAAAUAAAAUAAUAUAUAAAUGAGUGUUCUCACCAAAAAAUUAUAAAAUAAAUCUAAUUGUGUACAAUCAAAAA